GCCUUUCCUCUUCCACCGGUCUUCUUUCCCGCUUCUUAGGUCGCCGUUUCCUUCUCUCUGAUAUUCGGUGCUUGUCUCUCCGAAACACCUCGCGUCCCCUCAGCUAGUUCUUCCCCUCUUAAAGCCCUCGCCCGAGAAGAGAGAGUGUAUUUCUUAAAAACACAGACGUCGGAGUGGGGGCGAGCAAUAUAUCUGGAUCCGGUCCUGAGAAGACACAAACUCGAAACCUAUACGCUAACAUACCCUCUCGAACACAAUGAAGCCCUCAUAUCCCCCCCUCGGAAUCCCACAACAACACACUCCCUCGCCGGUCCCCACAAUGUCGGCGGCACCACCACUCCUCCGGCCCGCCAUCCCCGGCUCCCGCCCUGGCGGCCGCGCCCCCCGCCUCGGGCUCGCCAUCCCUCCGUCUCCCAACGCAAAGGCCCUCGGAAACCCGGGGGCGCCUCCCCAGCGUCCGGCCCUGCCCACCUUGCACCUUGCGACACCCAUGGGCAGUAGCGUGGUGCCACAAGAACAACCCCUCAAGCCCCAGCUUAGCCUCCAAAGUGCGAGCGGUGGUAGUGAAAGCAGCGCCGCCCAUAGCAGAAGCGGGAGCUUUGGGCCGCUCGACGGUCGUGCAAGCAACCCCACCAGUGCCGGCUCCCAAUUCAGCGCCCUCUCCUUUGCGAGUCAAUAUGGGAUAGGGAGGCAGACCGGCGACCCCGUGUCGGCGGUCGGGUCGCUGUAUUCCAACGCGAGCGAGAGCAUGGACUUGGAUAGGGAGGGCAGCUUGCAUGGGCUGGAAACUUUCGACGAGCUCAGCCUCGAGAAGGCCCGGGCAGCAGACGUAGACGACCUGGACGACGAGGGUUGGCGGAUUGUGAGUAUGGAGAAGCGGAUUAUCGAGCUCGGGAACUUGGGUGAGGGUGCCGGAGGUGCCGUGACGAAAUGCAAGCUGAGGGGCGGCAACACCGUGUUUGCUCUCAAGAUCAUCACCACCAACCCCGACCCCGACGCAAAGAGGCAAAUCAUCCGCGAGCUGGGGUUCAACAAGGGGUGUGCCUCACAACAUAUCUGCCGCUACUACGGAGCCUUCGUAGACCCGGCGAGCUCCACCAUCUCCAUUGCCAUGGAAUUCUGCGAGGGCGGAUCGCUCGACAGCAUCUACAAGGAGGUCAAGCGGCUCGGUGGGCGUACGGGUGAGAAGGUCCUUGGAAAGGUCGCCGAGGGCGUGCUCCACGGCUUGACCUACCUGCAUUCCAAGAAGAUCAUCCAUCGCGACAUCAAGCCAAGCAACAUUCUGCUCUGCCGCAACGGCGACGUGAAGCUCUGCGACUUUGGUGUGUCUGGCGAAUUUGGCACCAAGGGCGACGCUAGCACAUUUAUCGGUACCAGUUACUACAUGGCCCCGGAGCGCAUCACAGGGCAAUCGUACACCAUCACCUCCGACGUCUGGUCCACCGGCAUCACCCUGCUCGAGGUUGCACAACAUCGCUUCCCCUUCCCGGCAGACGGCACCGAGAUGCAGCCCCGCGCCACUCCCCUCGACCUCCUAACCUACAUCGUCAAGCACCCCACGCCCAAGCUCAAAGACGAACCCGAUGCCAACAUUUACUGGAGUGGCAGCUUCAAGUAUUUCAUCGAGUGCUGCCUUGAAAAAGAACAGUCUCGCCGCGCCAGCCCAUGGCGUAUGCUGGAGCACCCCUGGAUGACGGAAAUGAGCACUAAGCGCGUCAACAUGCGCCGCUAUCUGGCCCAAGUAUGGGGCUGGGAUGAUAAGGAGCAGGCUUCACAGAAGGCAUAGAGUCCUGGACGUGUUCAGGCUCAACCCGGGCACGACCCCAACCACGAGGCUGCCCC